ACACUAGGCAUGUCACUGUCUGUUCAACUCUCCUCAAUCCUCUUCAAAGGGUCUCUGGUGAGCUACGGUAACAGAGCUGAUGCUUUGGAGCACAUAAAAAAGAAAAGAAAAAGAAGAAAGAAAGGAAAAUUAUGCCCCAAGAAACCCAGUUGUCACUCUCUUCCACCAAUGACAAAGGACCCCUUCUGAGGACCAUGAACCUCACUCUGGGCCUGAGCCUGGGCCUGCUCCUGGCUGGCCUCCUCGCCGCAGAAGAGCAACAGGAGUCCAGUGUCCCUCAGCCAGUCUCAGCAUCUAACACCCACCCUCGAGGGUGGAAGGAAGAGAAGAAUGCCCAGGAACUGGCCAGGCGCAACAUGGACUUUGGCUUCAGGCUGCUCAGGAAGCUGGCCCUCAACAGCCCCAGCAAGAAUGUCUUCUUCUCACCCCUGAGCAUCUCCACCGGCUUCUCUCUGCUGUGUCUGGGGGCCCAGGACUCAACGUUGACCGAGAUCAAGCAGGGCUUCAACUUCAAGGGGAUGCCGGAGAGGGAGCUGCACCAGGCCUUCCACCACCUCCUCCGCGAGCUGAACCAGGACAAGGAGGAUGUCAAGCUGCAUUUUGGCAACACCCUGUUCAUGGACCAGAAGCUGCAGCCACAGCAGAAGUUUCUGAGAGUGGCCAAGAGCAUGUACAAUGCAGAAACUCUCCCUGCCAACUUCCAGGACCUAGAAAACACCCAGAAACAGAUCAAUGACUAUGUCAGUGAGGAAACCCAUGGGAGAAUCAACAACCUGAUCAGGAAUAUAGACCCUGGCACUGUGAUGCUUCUUACAAACUACAUUUACUUUCGAGCCAGGUGGCAACGUGAGUUUGAUCCAAAAGAGACAAAAGAGGAAGAUUUCUUCGUGAGCAGAAACAGAUCAGUGAAGGUGCCCAUGAUGUUCCGAGGAGGCCUGUAUGACAUGGGUUAUGACAAGCAGCUCUCUUGCACCGUCCUGGAGAUACCCUACCAGGGAAACCUCGUGGCCACCUUCAUUCUGCCCGAUAAGGGCAAGAUGAGAAACCUGCAGGAGAACUUGAAGGCAGAUGUUUUUGGCAGAUGGAAAAAAAUACUGGUGAAAAGGGUUGUGGAUGUGCAUGUGCCCAGAAUGCACAUCUCUGGUACCUACAACCUGAAGAAGACCCUCUCCCAGCUGGGCAUCAGCAAGAUCUUCGAGGAGCACGGUGACCUCACUCGGAUCUCUCCUCACCGCAGCCUGAAAGUGGGUGAGGCCGUGCACAAGGCUGAGCUGAAGAUGAACGAGAAGGGAACCGAGGGGGCUGCAGGCUCUGCCUCUGAGACACUGCCCAUGGAGAGGCCCCAAAAGUUCAAGUUAAACAAACCCUACCUGAUGAUGCUUUACGAGACCACUAUGCCUGCCAUGAUUUUCUUGGGACAGAUUUCUAACCCGAGUGAGAAAUAAAGAGGAAUUCUUCUCGCUGCAGAGCUCAACCAUGGCCUGAGAUGAAUGAACCGGCUUUGUUGCCCUGGGGUGGGGCCACAGGCACACUCUAGCCUACUCCUGCAUCGUGACCAUCUCCCACAGCUACCCAAAAGCACCGUCUUGCAGGCCACCCCAACGCCCCUCCCUGCGCAUUGGGAUUUUGGGAUUAAACAUUG